CGAUUGGUAAUUCGUAUGUAGCAAGUUGGAUUCAAAAAUCUUUAUUCAGUUGAGCAGUAAGCGACGAGUCCGUUAAAUGUCUGCUUCAAUUUUUGUUGCUGGUGCUGAUGCUUCCUUUGUAAUUUGUUAUCGGAAUAAUCGCCGUCGCAGAGAAAUUGUAUAACAUAGAUCGUGGACGUAGCGUAAUAGUAAUAGUUUAUUAUCUACACUUUUCUGUUGAUAAUCUUUCGCUUAAGAAUUUAACUGUUUUUGAUCAAUCGGAGUCGAUUGUUUAUAUAGCCCUCAAAAAUUUUGCGCGACGCGAACAGGACUUUCCCGAAUAUUCUAUAAAACUGGCGUACUUGCAACUGACGGGAUCAUCAUUCAGUGCGUGGAAUGUACGCUUGUACACAAUGGCUCUCUCGGGUAAUUAUGGCAGCGAUACAGCUAGCGUGGACUGCAAGAUCGAGGCACGUAUCGGCAAGCAGAUAUCGAGGUGAAGAAAACUUCGACUAUGACCUGGUGGUCAUUGGUGGCGGUUCCGGAGGUUUGGCUUGUGCCAAGGAAGCCGUUCAGUUCGGCGCAAAGGUAGCGGUACUGGAUUUCGUUAAACCAUCGCCCCGCGGCACGAAAUGGGGUCUCGGAGGAACCUGCGUCAAUGUGGGUUGCAUUCCAAAGAAGCUGAUGCAUCAAGCUGCUCUUCUCGGCGAGGCCAUUCAUGAUUCUCAAGCUUACGGAUGGAACUUCGCCCAACCGGAGUCGCUCAAGCACAACUGGGCUACGUUGACGGAAUCGGUGCAGAAUCACAUCAAAUCGGUUAACUGGGUUACGCGGGUGGAUCUUCGUGACAAAAAGGUUGAGUACAUCAAUGGUUUCGGUUACUUCAAGGAUGCCCACAAUGUGGUGGCCGUGAUGAAGAAUCAAACGGAACGAACGCUUAGCGCAAAAUACGUGGUUAUUGCAACCGGUGGACGUCCGCGUUAUCCGGAUAUUGAGGGAGCACUGGAGCAUGGUAUCAGCAGUGACGAUAUUUUCAGUUUGCCACAAGAACCAGGCAAGACGCUCGUGGUCGGUGCUGGCUACAUCGGUCUGGAGUGCGCUGGGUUUUUGAACGGGUUUGGCUACGAUGCCACCGUGAUGGUGCGUUCGAUUCUGUUGCGUGGAUUCGAUCAACAGAUGGCUACCAUGGUCGGUGAUGCUAUGGUGGAGAAAGGAAUUAAAUUCUUGCAUAAAACUCAACCGAAAUCAGUGGAAAAACAGGCUGAUGGCCGUCUGUUGGUGAAGUACGCUUCUGACGAUGGAGAGGAGGGUUCCGACGUGUACGAUACGGUUCUGUUCGCAAUUGGUCGAACAGCUUGCACGCUGGACCUUAAAUUAGAUCAGGCUGGAGUUGUGACAGCUGAAAAUGGGAAAUCGGAUAAGCUUGAUGUAGACUCAUUCGAACAGACCAACGUGCAAAACAUCUACGCUGUCGGUGAUGUGCUUUACAAAAGGCCGGAACUGACACCGGUAGCCAUUCAUGCCGGGCGACUGCUUGCGCGACGUUUGUUUAACAACCAAACUGACAUUAUGGAUUACGCCGAUGUUGCCACUACUGUCUUUUCCCCACUGGAGUACGGUUGUGUUGGACUGAGUGAAGAAGCGGCCGAAGCGCAAUUCGGGAAGGAUAAGGUAGAAGUCUAUCACGCUUACUACAAACCGACGGAAUUUUUCGUUCCCCAGCGUAGUGUCCGGUAUUGCUAUUUGAAGGCCGUAUCGCUUCUUGAGGGCGAUCAGAAGGUGUUAGGCUUACACUUUCUUGGACCGGCUGCCGGUGAAGUGAUUCAAGGUUUUGCCGCGGCCCUUAAGUCGGGUCUUACGAUGAAGAUCCUAAAGAAUACUGUCGGAAUUCACCCAACGGUGGCGGAAGAAUUCACCCGGCUGUCGAUCACCAAGAGCUCAGGGCUGGAUCCUACACCGGCUACGUGCUGCAGUUAAGUUCUCAACACCCCCACAUUCGACUGGUUUAAUGUUCGGUUAAUUGUUGUAUUAUGUUAGAGGCCAAGCUGCAUCUCAAUGUAAUUGAGAUAUUUUUUUCAAGCUUUUUUCAUUUCGUUGAAUAAACAGGCGGAUACGAACCAUCGAAUUUUCGAGCGAUAGUAUUUAAAUUUAAUUUAAAACAACACCGAUAGGAUCACAGUUGAAAUGAUUGAAGACAUGGUUAUCAAAUAACAAUAGGUAGAGAUUCAACGAUUUAGCGAUAUCUCGUGUACUUUGGUGAAACGCAAACACUUGUGCAUGCGUCAAAUUGAUAAUAAAACACUCAGUGUGAACACUCA